CAUUGACUUUCCUGAAAGAUUAUACAAAUGUCAGUAUACUCUCUAAAUUGUAGUUAAAUGAAUAAUUUUCCAUGUAUGAUAAAAUUGCGGUGAACCAAGCAAACAUCAAUGACGUCAAAUCCCAAAACAUACACUUUGCACUCAUCUGGAUCGCUCAGCAAAAUUCUACAGAAUCAGAAAACUACAUUCCAAAAAAAUGCAAUCACAAAGUUGUACUUGGCUAAGAAGAAGCUACUCCCGGUCAUCAACGAUGUCAUUAAAACGGCGAAAGAAAUGGGAUCGAAAAAACCCCUCGACAAGUCGUACUACCUCACCGUUGACCAGUACAAAGACGCUGUUUGGGCUUCGCAGAUCCUCAGAGAGGUGAACGACAUGUUCAUACACAACAAAUUCAGAAAACAUUUGACCAAAUCCUUCAGGACUAACCGCUUCAACUUUGAUUGCUCUGAUGUGAAGGUGAACAGGGGUGGGAAAAUAUACGUGGACACAGCUAUCCUGGUGCAGCUGAUCGAGCUUCACAACAUACUGGGGGAAAUCAUCGACUACAUCCAGGAAGUGCCUUUGGAAGCGCAGACAGAUGGUCUGACCGAGACAGACGCUAGCAGCAAACCUUCCAAACUGGAAGAUAUACUCGAUGAGCUGGAAGAAAACACACAUUUCUCGGGAAGAACCAACAAGCUGACCAAGGAGAUACUAACUUCCUUGACGUUUCCCCUGCACAAUAAAUAUGUAGUAUUGACCGCUGAAUCGUCGGACACGAGAAAGAACUUGACUACGCUUCCUGAGGAGGGGACUUCUAACUCUGAGGUUAAUCUAACUGAUGAUACCCAGAAGGGUACGAGAAAAACUAAGUCGACCUCUUCUUUGAUGGAUGAUGAGAAGUCACAGGUAACCGAUGCAGCAGGAGCUCGUAGAAUAAUAGUCCGAUGUAUGUCAGAUCUUGAUAAAGUGCGGCAUUACCUCGAAAGAGAUUUCGUAACAGGAAUAUCUAGCGUGGAACAUGGAUUGGACCUAGGCGAAGUGCUGGAGGAGCCAGAUCGAGACAUCCAAGAGGAGCCUGAAGAUCGAGAAGAGAAUCGAGAAAAUCAGGAAGAGGACCAGGAAGAUCAGGAUGAGGACCGGGAGGAUCAGGAAGAGGACCGGGAGGAUCAGGAAGAGGACCAGGAAGAUAGGAAAGAACAGGAAGACCGUCAAGAAGAUCAGGAAGUACCCCGCCAAAGAUCGUCUAUUAAAUCAGACAGAAAAGUUUCUCACGUCGAUCAUGAUGAUAGAAAGUGCUGCUGUUCGGAAGAGUGUCCGGCAGAUCAACCAUUGGAGUUCACGUGGCAGGAAGAUGGUGAGACGAGCAGCAAGUUGAUAAUCUGCAUCAAAGGAAAAUCGGAAGAAGAAGGCGAUGUACAUAUAGUUAUAAAACAAUGUCCGGAGUGCAAGUUGUUCGAUGGGGGCCUUACAUCAUCAUCCCCUAGAGAUCAAAGCAGAAUCGGGGUUGCUUCCAAAACCAAAGAGUUAUCAAGGGAACCAAGCAAAGUCAAAGAAGUACCUAGAGAUCCAAGUAAAAUCAAAGACAUACCCAGAGAUCCAAGUAAAAUCAAAGACAUACCCAGAGACCCCAGUAAACCUAAAGAUAUAUCCAGAGACCAUGUCAACUUUGAAAGUGAGAUUCUUCACGGUAAGGACCCGGAGGAAGAUUGCGACAUAUCUUCGUUGGAAGAGAUAGAGGGUCCGGAAAACCUCAACAUAAUUUUCAACACCACCGACCCUUCGAAAUCCGUGGUGGAAGGCGCCAGGAAGAGAUCGCAGCAGCAGAAGAGUAGCCCCCAUCUCGAUCCGGCCAAGACAAUAUCGACGAUAAAACUGAAUGAAACCAUCAACUUAAAUUUGCAGACGGAAGAGGGGCCCGAACUGAUUAUAUCUCUAACAGUCAGGCCGAAGACACAGGAGCCCAUUCUCGAUCUGAAAGAGAUUUUCAGCGAGUCCCAGACGGACGUUCCUGAAAGGGACAGAGACCAACCGGAGAAAGACGAAGCUCCGAAAGAAGGUGAUGACGAAGACGACUUGGUAAUACCGCUAUCACGAACGAAGAUUUGUUCGUCGUUGGAAUUCGACGUGCAAACCGUCAACUCGAGGAUGAAAGCGACUGGAAUAAAGCACAAAAACGCGAACAUCACCUUCCGGCUCAACGAUUUGGGAGUCAACAAUUUAUUGAGGGCGUCCAGGCCUGUGAAAUGCGGUCGAAAGGCCGUUUUGAACGAGACUCUGAUGAAGUGUUUGCCAUACUCGCCUAGUUUGAAAUCUCUGCCACUUGAAGACGUUGACACAGAGAUAAUAGAUCAGUCUUUGAACAUGAGCGUGACUAAGAGCAAGCACUCCACCAUUUACAUGAAAGAGUCCAAGAUGUCUCACACCUUGGGGAUGAAUACUAGCAGGAAGCCUCCUUUGGGCGAGACUCGUUCUAAGCAAGUUUACUUUGUUUAUGUACAUUUCCCGAAAGUGAUGUUCAGAAAAGAUUCGGAGAAAAAAACUUCUGGGACAGCAAAUUUAUUAGGCUUCUACAUCAAUCUCGAAAGCGACAUCCGGGAGGAAUGGCCCAUUUUUGACGUCAGAUACUUCGUGAUAGAAAAUAUUGAAAAAGACCUUUGCGAUAAAACCGAUCCUCCAGAAACUGUAUUUAGUGUCAGGUUGAAGAACAGAAGAGCGAAUGUUGUGACUGAUGAUGACAAAUUGAAAGUUAAUGGUUUGGAGCGCAAAAAGUUGUCUAGUUCAAGCGAUUCUUCAAAAUUUUCUAGUAAAAUUCCGAUUUACAAAUAUAGAAAGUGGAUGAAGAGUGAGGAAAGGAGAAAUAGGAUGGUGGAUGUAUAUAAUGUUACUUUGGGACCAUUGCCUGAGAAAAGUAAGGAUUCUGAAGGACUAAACGCUAAUUCCAACAGUGUAGUCAGCUGUGACAAACAAAUGAACCAUCGACCCAGCCAAUUCAAUCAUGCGGGCACCAGUGCAUUCUCCUUGAAACGUUCCAAAAAUAAAAGCCUUCUGACAGUUAAGAACGUCAGUCAAACAAACACAAUCGAGCUUUUUCCGGCAAAAAACUUCACCUCCGUCGAGAGUUUGGAAUAUUUCAACUCGUUUCUGCGGAACGCCGCCAUUUUUCAAGGUUCAACGACAUCUCGCGGUUUGCGAAAGAAGAAAGAGUUUUAUGAAUCGAGAUCACACUCUUUGCUAGUUAUGCGCGCCUCAACAGAGCACGGCAACACCGGAGAUGUUACCAAACUAGCAACUGCAAACGAAGCUAAUGGAAUCGGAAAAAAGUGCAUUAGGCACAACAACGUUGAUCUGUCUUCUACGCAGUUCAAGAAACAACUGAAUAUCGAGAAGAACGUUUCAAAGAUGUUGAUAAACGAUUUGUCGACAUUUAUCUACGAAAAUUUCAUCAAAGACUUGUCUUCGGGAGCGAAACUUGAAAUUUUUAAAAAAAUUGACUCAUUUCUGAGUUCACAUUCAAAGAUCAAAGGAAAGAUGCAGUCCGUUAAUCGAAGUGGCAGUGGAAAGGGCAGUUG